AUGUUCGCUCUUACCCACACCGGCCUCCUGCGCAAGGACUGGAUCUGUGCCCGUAAGAAGAGGAUGCGACUCAACUGGAACAAGAGUUUUAUUGUCCUGACGUUUCGGAUUCCGUCGGGAAUCCUUACGUUCCAGGAAGCAAUUCAGAAGAAGAAGAAGAAGAAGAAGAAGAAGAAGCGAUCACUGGAGAAGGACUUUAUUUUCCUGACGUUUCGGAUUCCGUCGGGAAUCCUUAGUCAUAAGCAGUUUUAUUUGCCUGACGUUUCGGAUUCCCUCGGGAAUCCUUAA